AUGCCACGCACGAUAGGCUUCGACGAAAAUCAACCAGGCCGUGACAUGACGGCUAAGAUGGCCUACGGAAGAAAGAAAUUGAGAUUCACCGGUUUUUUNUUUUUUGGAGCUCCAGGAAGGUUUUCUUGGUCCCCACUCAGUAGUAACAAGAUGAAGAAACGUGUUCUAUGCGAACGAUGCAAUAAGUCGUUCUGUGAUAAAGGAGCCUUGAAAAUUCAUACAAGUGCCGUCCACCUGAAAGAGAUGCAUAUGUGCACAAUACCCGGAUGUGGUAAGGAAUUCAGCAGCCGACGGAGCCGAAAUCGCCAUUCGGCUAAUACCAAUCCGAAACUGCACAUGCCCGAAGCUGCACAAACGUUCCGAGAUCAGGUCGGUAUCAAUGCCGCGGCACUCACGAUGGCAGCAGCGCUUUGUCAAUCCCUCUGCAAUGAAGAUGCCGUUUCCUUUUCCAUCGUCUGACUUACAGCUCUUUCUACUUCAGCAACUCGUCCAAGCGCAGGCUCACUCUGCCUUGAACAUGCUGAACAAUCGCGCUUAAGCAUGUUAACAGUAGAGCGAACAGUCGCUCCGACGACGUUCAGAAGCUCGCCACAUUGUUCUGGUUCUCAUCGUUACCGGUAUAACAUUAUGUGUUUCUGGAUUUACCCAGUGUUUUGA